UAUGUGGCUGCCCUGUAAUCAGGCUAGCCUUAAACCUUCCUAGAAUCUCCCGGUCUCUGCCUCCCUUAUAGAUGUGUUCUACCACACCGGGCUUGGCCUUUCAAAGUUUCUGCCUUUCAAAUCUCACUAGUGCCUUGGCUGCUCUGGAAUUCAGGAGGCGCCGCUUGGCCCCCAGAGCUUCGGGGGAGGCCGAGCUCUUCCGCCUGGCUCUGAAGAAGUCGCCCAACCUGACAAAUUGCUCCGCCGCACCUAUCACCUCCCCUUCGUGCACUGGAACCUGCUGCUGUUGUGGACCCAGACGUGGAGCUGGAGGAAGUGUGGGGACGGCGACACAAGCCCAGGUCUCUGCCUGCAAAACAUGCGGCAGGGACCGAGUUGAGUGCUGAGCCAGGACAACUCAGUGGAAAGACCCAGGGCCGAGUCACCGAGCUCCAGGAGGUUGGCUGCGGCCACACCCUGAGGACACAGACAGGCUGGGUGCGCACGUGUGUAUACAAGUGCGUGAGCGCCGUGGGUCGGUCCGGGACUACAAGUUCCAGGGUGCCCAGCGGCGCUCCGCCCGCGGUCUCUAAGCAGGUCGCCACGGGCUGGCACGCGCCACUCUCGUACCAGAGUAAAUAAGGGACCGAGACCGACUCUCCUGAGCACCGUAAAUAGAGUCCCCGCGAAGGUGGACCUGAGCACCUCCACCGACUGGAAGGAGGCCAAAACCUUUCUGAAGGGCUUGAGUGACAAGCAGAGGGAGGAACACUACUUCUGCAGGGAUUUCAUUAAGCUGAAGAAGAUCCCCACAUGGAAGGAGACAGCGAAAGGGGUGGCUGUGAAGGUGGAGGACCCCAAAUAUAAGAAGGACAAACAGCUGAAUGAGAAAAUCUCCCUGUUCCGUGGGGACAUCACCAAGUUGGAAGUGGAUGCCAUUGUCAACGCUGCCAACAACUCCCUGCUUGGAGGUGGAGGAGUGGACGGCUGCAUCCACAGGGCCGCGGGACCCCUGCUCACCGACGAGUGUCGCACCCUGCACAACUGUGAGACUGGCAAAGCUAAGAUCACCUGCGGCUAUCGGCUGCCGGCCAAGUACGUCAUCCACACAGUGGGGCCUAUCGCUGUAGGCCAGCCCAGUGCCAGCCAGGCAGCUGAGCUCCGCAGCUGCUAUUUGAGCAGCCUGGACCUGCUUCUGGAGCACCGGUUGCGCUCAGUGGCUUUCCCAUGCAUUUCUACAGGCGUGUUUGGAUACCCUAAUGAGGAGGCAGCUGAGGUAGUGCUGGCGGCGCUGCGGGGGUGGCUGGAGCAGCACAAGGACAAGGUGGAUCGGCUUAUCAUCUGUGUGUUCCUGGAGAAGGACGAGGACAUUUACCGAGAGCGCCUGCCCCAUUACUUCCCAGUAGACCCACCUGGGCCUGUGGGACCUCGCUCCCAACUCUGAGAGAAGCCGAACAGCUUGUUCCAGCCUGGCCACCCCGAGUUCUGUCCUGUCCCUCAGUAUGUCCUGCCCUGCCUUUCAGAAGCCUCUUAAUAAAGAUGUCUGAUUCAGCCUCA